AUCGGCACUACCACAGAUUUACAUAUAUUCACUAGACUGCUCGCCAAGGCCCUCCAAGUUACGCCGUGGGUGUGCCCAGUUCAUCCAAAACCGACGACUUCAAACACUUCACUCCCACCCUGUUUCCUGACCCUAACGUUGAUUUUUAAGAAAAACUGAGACAUCCAUCAUCUUCCUGAGAAAAUUCUGCAUCACACUAUCAUAGAAUUGUAACGAAAAUCAGAGUUAAAUGACUAUAUGAAAAGAAGAAUCAAGGAUGACCUAAGAAGCGAUACAAAGCGGUACGGCUCAAAAGAAGAAGAAGAAGGAUCAGCUGAUGGGCCCCGUGACCGUGACAGUGAGUCAGAGAGGGGCGGCAACUUGAUCAGGAUGAUGUGCCGGCGUGCGGUGCUGCGGUCCGCCUGCUGCCUGCUACUGGUGCUGCAGGGGUGCCACGCCUACAAGUACAACACUUACUUCUUCAGGCAGCGGGUGGACCACUUCAGCUUUGCCAACCAGGACACCUUCAUCCAGCGCUACCUGAUCAGCGACGAACACUGGGACCAGAACAAUGGACCUAUUUUCUUUUAUGCUGGGAAUGAAGGGGACAUCACUCUCUUUGCUGAGAAUACAGGUUUCAUGUGGGAGAUUGCUCCAGAAUUUAAAGCAGUGGUAGUCUUUGCAGAGCAUCGAUAUUAUGGAGUCUCGGAACCAUAUGGCAACAGGUCACUCACCACUCCAAAUUACUCAGGCUACCUAACAUCAGAGCAGGCACUGGCAGACUAUGUUGAUCUCAUCUCCUACCUGAGGUUUGCCCUGAAGGGGGCCACAAGGAGCCCUGUGGUGGUCUUUGGAGGCUCAUAUGGAGGAAUGCUGGCGGCUUGGUUCCGCAUUAAAUAUCCUCACAUUGUUCAAGGAGCCAUUGCAGCAUCAGCGCCCAUUCGCCAGUUCACCGGCAUGACUCCUUGUGAUAAAUUUGGAGAACUAGUGACAGCUGAUUUUGCCAAGGCCUCAGAGAAUUGUGCAGAGGUCAUCCGAAAGUCCUGGGCUGCCAUCAAUGCUGUUACUGCAACUGAGGAAGGGAUGACUUGGCUCUCCAACGCAUGGAGGCUGUGCAAGCCACUCAAGAGCAAGGCGGAUGUCAGGGAGCUGAAGGACUAUCUCACCAACGUGUGGACCAACCUGGCCAUGGUUGACUACCCUUACCCUGCAAACUUCCUUGCUCCUCUGCCAGCAUAUCCAAUCAAGGUGGUGUGCCUUAAGCUGACAGACCCAAACCGUGAGGGCAAGGAGCUGCUGCAGCAUCUGUUUGGUGGCCUCACAGUUUACUUCAACUACACCGGAGAAAGCAAGUGUCUGAAUGCCGAUGAACAGGCCGAUGUCCGCCUGGAUGACCGAGGGUGGGACUUCCAGGCGUGCACGGAGAUGGUGAUGCCGUUCUGCUACGAUGGUGUGAAGGACUUCUUUGAGCCGGCGCCAUGGGACAUCAAGGAGUACUCCGAGAACUGCCGCAAGACUUGGGGGGUGACGCCUCUCCCCUACAUGGCGCCGCUCAUGUAUGGAGGCUGGGACUACUGGAACUACACCCACGCACCCUCCAACAUUGUGUUCAGCAAUGGGUUGUUGGAUCCCUGGUCAACGGGUGGAGUGCUGUGGAACGUGAGUGACACUGUUGUGGCGGUCAUUAUCCCCGAGGGGGCCCACCACUUGGAUCUGCGUGCUGCCAACCCAGCCGACCCACCCUCAGUACUGGAGGCACGCAGGAUUGAAAAGGAACACAUUGCAAGAUGGAUUGGGCAGUAUAGGCAGCCAGAAGACUCUAAUUAGAUACCCCUUGGAGCUCUUGAGAGGGUGACCAGUACAUCUCCAUCCCUCCUGCCCACUCUCAUACUUAUUAAGUUAAAGAGUACACAUGACCUGUAUGGAUGCCCUGGAGCUAUUUCAGUAGUACACAUUACCUAUUUGGACACCUAAGAUCUCCUUCAAAGGGUGACCCAUGCACCUCCACCCCUCCUGGCAGACUCCCACUCCGUCCCUGUAUGUGGGAGUCUGCUCACUCUCCCACGCGCUCAGGAGUACUCAUGACCAGGUACUGCAAUGUGUCUCUCUACUUAACAUACCAUUGUUAUAUAUUUGUGUUAAGAGUUUAAAUUUUGUAGCAAUAUCUUAAGACAAGUUUAGGGUUGACUUUGAUAUGAAUACUAUUUUUCUAGACAGUUACUACUUCUACUACUUAUGUACUAUGACUACUGCAUACUACUUAUACAGUAUACUACUACUAUUUUUACUACUACUAUUACAACUACUACUACUACUACUAUUACUACAACAACCACCACUACUAGAAGAACUUUUUUAGGUAGGCAUUUAAUUUGCUCCUAAAUCAAGCGCAUCAUAGGCUUGUAUAGUGGCCAAAUUUUUACAACUGAUUCAAUUUUCCAUGAGUAUAAAUAGUGGUUGUAAUGGAUACAUUUACAUAGUACAAGAUGAUGAGGUGAUAAAAUCCUUGUAAUAUGUUCAUUUAAUUGGCUCAUGAAUGAUCUAUUGUUUGCCAUCGUUUUGUCAUGGUAUAUCAUGUGGAGGAAGUGUUCAGUCACUAAGCUUUCAUUUGGCAUUCAAGUUUAUUGUUAUAGAGCAGGGGUUCCCAACCUGGGGUGCUCACAUCCCCAGGGGGCCACAUGGAAUCUCAGGGAUGCAAUAAAAAGUGGCUUGUGAGGAUUAAUUUUAUUUUUUGCAAUAUGUCUCAAUAAAAUAGAAUCUAAUUGCUCAAAUUUGCAUUUUAUACAUUAAGUUAAAAAAAUAUUUUUAAGCUGAAUUUGUUUACCUGCAGUAAUAUAUGUUGUUGAAAGAUUAGAAAUUAGACUUUUUCAAAUGAGAUAUUACUUUUGUUGGGGUGCAGACAUUAAUCACAGUUAUCCUGGGAGUGUAGUGCAUUGGAAAGGUUGGGAACCACUGGUAUAGAAGCCUCUAUUUUUCCAGACAUGUCCUUUGUAUAUGGGGACUGCAUUUAUUUGUUUUUUCCUGCAUCAUUACUCUUUACUACUGGUUGUGACAUUAAUGAUGUGAGUGCUCAUCACAAGCUGUAUGUAUAUUGUCUGUGUCUAUGUAGACAAUAACCAUGAGUUGAUAUUGUUUUCCAGGCUGAGAUAGUUUAUCUGAAAGUUAGAUGUCGACAUAGCCAUUUAAGAGGACAGUCAGGAGUAGCCGUACAGGUGUAAACACAUGCUGUAGGAGACAGGUAUGUGGAAGAGUUUGGUUAGUAGUGAUGUGUAUUGAAGAGUGAGAAAGGAA